AUGAACUCCAAGAAUGGAACGUGUGAGAUUUGUUUAGAGGGUGAUGCCAAGUAUAGAUGCCCGAAAUGUCGGAUACGAUACUGCUCCCUCCGGUGCUUCAAAAACGAGGAGAAGCAUUCCCAUAAGGACGAGGAGACUAAAACCUUAGACGGCCCAGUCAUCAAAGAGCAGAGCACUGCCACCACUGAAGACACAUUAGCCAAUGGGAGAACACUGAAAGAUCCUAUGUUCAAUGAACUGUAUGAGAAGACACCGGAACUUCGAGGGCUUUUGCAAUACAAUACGGUAAAAUUCCACUUGGCAAAGGUCCACAAGAUUCUAACGAGCUCUGGUAAUGGAGACCUGACUUCUGAGGGGAGGAAACAACUAGCAAUUGAUUAUUUAAACACAUUGCGAUACGGUGGGGUGCACUUCAAUGAAGCCGUUGAGGAAUUCUGUCAGAUUUGCUCGGACAAACUAGAUUAG